AUGAACCCUCAGUUUUUGAACUCAGCAGCGAGGACAUUCCUACCAUCCGCUUCCCGGCAAUUCUACUUUCGAAUUCCAUCUUUUCAAGCCACACGACGGCUCUCCUCAUCCAAAAAUGUCCGCUCUACGACUCGUGAGAUGGAGAAGGAACUUCUCAGCACGAACCCCCGCCAAACCGCAAAGGAGGCUUCAUCACCCCUCUCUGAGGUGACCAAGACGAUGCAGGAGGAAAAGCCAAGGUCGCCGUCUGUGAGCCGAGAUUACUUUCGAAUGGCCGAGAGUCUGGAAGCGGAGAUGAUUAGGAGCCCUUACUCGGACAAGGGUCCGCCACACCAUCUCCAUGUCUACUCACACAAACAUAACACCCUUUUGACCCUCACGCGACCAAAUGGAAACCCCAUGUUGUCGAUGGGCUGUGGACGUCUGGGUUUCCGCAAAGGUGGUCGGUCUGGCUACGACCCGGCAUACCAAUUGGCAUCGCACGUGUUUGCACAGAUUCAAGAGAAGGGUUGGCUCUUGGACAUUCAACGGUUGGAACUUGUGUACCGUGGGUUUGGACCUGGGCGUGAGGCUUUUACCAAGGUGCUAUUGGGCAAUGAGGGGAAGAAUAUCCGGGGCUUAGUCUGCAGAGUGACAGACUCGACAAGAAUCAAAUUCGGUGGUACCAGAAGCAGGAAGGUCCGCAGACUGGGUUGA